UUCUAAAGACCUCGUUUUUUUUCUCUCCUAUUCUUCUUCAUUCUUUUAGUCAAUUUUUUCCGUGAAGAACUAACUGUGAAGAAGUUACAUAGAAAAUUACCAACGUCAAAGUGAAAUCAAGGAAAGAGAGAGAGAGAGAGAGAGAGAGAGAGAUCUAUCAAAAUCAUUGAUUCAAUCAAUUCGUUAAUUCAAUUGGUUCAUCAAAUUGAGAAAUACCCAUUUGCUAAAAAGAUCAAAGCUUUCUUCUUUGAUUGAUUUGAUCUUUUUAUUCAUAGAUCUACUGAGUUGGGUUCUAUCACUCUUGCAGUUUACCAGUCUUUUCAGUUUUUGAAGUAAAGGUGUUUACGUAAAGUGUGUGAAGGGUUUGCUUUUGAACACUAAAUGAUGUGGAUUGUGUAACGAAAGCUGAGGGCUGAGCUUUGAGUUGUUUGAAAGUAUCAAUAAGAAAUGGCUCCAGCAACCAAGGCAGAGAAGAAAGCAGCUGAUGUAGCCGCUUGGAUGUUCAAUGUUGUCACAUCAGUAGGAAUUAUAAUGGUCAAUAAAGCUCUCAUGGCUACACAUGGCUUUAGUUUUGCUACUACAUUGACGGGUUUGCAUUUCACAUUUACAACUGUAAUGACACUUGUUCUUAAAUGGCUUGGGUUUAUACAACCCUCUCAUCUGCCAUUGCCGGACUUACUGAGAUUUGUUAUAUUUGCUAACUUUUCCAUCGUCGGCAUGAACGUUAGUCUUAUGUGGAACUCAGUGGGAUUUUAUCAGAUCGCAAAGUUGAGUAUGAUCCCUGUAUCCUGUCUGUUGGAGAUUUUGCUCGAUAAAGUUCGAUACUCCAGAGACACAAAGCUCAGCAUAGGGCUUGUUCUUGUAGGUGUCGGUGUAUGCACAGUUACUGAUGUUAGUGUAAAUACUAAAGGUUUUAUCGCUGCUUUUAUUGCCGUGUGGAGCACUUCUUUGCAGCAAUAUUAUGUACAUCAUCUCCAAAAGAAGUAUUCACUCAGUUCCUUCAAUCUCCUUGGUCAUACUGCACCUGUACAAGCUGGAUCUCUGCUUAUAUUGGGCCCUUUUAUUGAUUAUUGGUUAACCAGCAAGCGAAUUCAUGCGUACAACUAUACUUUACUGGCUUUGAUCUUUAUAACCCUUUCAUGUACGAUUGCUAUUGGGACAAACCUGAGCCAGUUUAUCUGCAUCGGAAGAUUCACAGCCGUAUCAUUCCAAGUACUUGGCCAUAUGAAGACCAUCCUAGUUUUAAUUCUCGGCUUUAUCUUCUUCGGGAAAGAAGGGUUGAAUUCGCAGGUGGUGCUCGGCAUGAUAAUUGCUGUAGCGGGAAUGAUAUGGUACGGAAACGCCUCCUCAAAACCUGGUGGAAAAGAACGUAGGAGCGCUUCCUUACCUAAGCAACAAAAGAACGUAACCGAUUCUUCCGAACUUGAUUCAAAGGUCUAACCAUAUUUUUCACUUUUUUCCACACUCAUAGAGAUGUAGAUUUGAGUAGACUAUGUUACGUGAUUAGAUUUGAAUUAGAGUAUCAGAUUAUCCAGAACAGAUUUAUUGAUUAUUGUCAUUAUUUAUAA